AUGGGAGCAACCCCAUUCCACCAUUCCAUCCUCCAGGUCCAGCUACCAAAGCAUUUUGAUAAGCCGACGGACAUGAGAUACGAUGGAACUCAAGACCCACAGGAGCAUCUGACGGCCUUUGAGGCCAUAAUGAAUUUGGAGGGAGUAGGCGACGAAGUCAGGUGUCGCGCUUUCUCGGUCACCCUGGCGGGACCUGCAAUACGUUGGUUUAAUAGCCUCCCGCAAGGUUCUAUCUCCAGGUUCUUGGAUAUCAGCCGCACCUUCUUGGCCCAAUUCACCACCCGAAUCGCAAAGGCAAAACACCCGAUCAACUUACUCGGGGUGACACAAAGGGCCAGCGAGCGGACCAGAAAAUACUUGGAUCGCUUCAACGAUGAGUGUUUGGAGAUUGAUGGCCUAACCGACUCGGUGGCCAGUUUGUGUUUGACGAACGGACUUCUAAAUGAGAAUUUCAGGAAGCAUCUCACCACAAAGCCGGUGUGGACGAUGCAGGAGAUCCAAACCUUAGCUAAGGAAUAUAUCAACGAUGAAGAAGUCAGUCAAGUCGUGGCUGCUAACAAGCGGCAUCCCUACUACCACCAACCUCAGCAGCACGGUGGCGGAGAAAGACAGAAGGAGCGCGCCAGGGACGGCGGUUGGCAUAAGACGCAGGAUUGCUUCGACCUGAAGGACGCGCUAGAGCAGACAAUCCGGGAUGGAAAGCUAGCCGAGUUCUCCCACCUCAUCAGGGAGCCGAAGAGACGCGAACGAGACCGAGAUGGAGAGGACAAAAGCCGCGCGGUAAGACGACGCCAAGAGCCUGAGGACAAUGAAUGCGAUCUCACCAUAGUAAAUGUGGUAAUCGGGAGAAACGCGGCUCCAAGGUCGAAGUCGGCACAUAAAACAGACGCCAAAGUCCUAGCGGUCUCGUCAUCUAGCCCCACGCCAAGUUCUAAGAGAACCCCACCCAUAUCAUUCAGCCCGGAUGACCAAUGGUUUGAUGAGAUCACGAAAAACCCUCCAAUGGUCAUCACGGCCCGGGUAGGACCGGCUUGGUCAAAAGGAUCCUUGUAG